AUGACGUCUUCAAGCACCCCUGUGAAGCACUCGGACACCGCCGAAAUGCUUCUCAUUUCGCCGAUCAUAGUUACUCCAAAUGGCCAGCCUGUUUCGACUCCCUCCCCUAACAGAAAACGCAAAAUCACGCCAUCCAGCGAAGAAUCAUCUGCCAAAGAAUCGCUGUCAUUACUAGUCCCACUAGGAAGCAGAGGGCGGAUACUGUUCAGCGGUCAAGCGUCCCGAAUCCUCUUGGAUGGCCAACAUCUGCCCCUCAAGCUCGUAUUGGACUGGGAGCCUCUUUUUAUCAGCAUCAAGACUUACUUUCAGGAACAAGGCAUUUCGAUCACCGAGGUCAUGUGUUUUUACAUCUAUGACGAUGAGAUAGGACGACCUGCAAGUCUUCCAGCUUGCCGCCUCACGGACCCAACCCCAAAUAACCCCGAUAAUAAUGAGUACAGUACUCUUCAACCUGGGCUCAGGGUAACAUCGGACUACUUGCCAAGCACGCCAGGCACGUUUCUGUCAACAACAGCCGGGGUUCUCGUGAGGGAUGCUGUUGGGAACGAGUUCAUGACGGUCGCGUCUCAUGGUUUCCCGGACGAAUGCGGCCUCAUAGUCAACCAUCCACUUCCUAGCGGGCGCGAUAUCGGUGAUCGCCAAACCAGCACUGGGUAUUUACGAUUUGGAACUAUAUGGGGCAGGACAUGUCAAGCACCCUCCCAGAAUGGAUAUGUGGAAGUGCUAUCUGGAAUGGGGAUGGGGACGUCCUUGGUUUUUUUUAAAUAUGCCCCAAAAGCUGGGGUAAUGAAGGAUUGGUGUGCUGGGAUUGCGGCAGAUGAGCUUAUCCACAAAGGGUACACACUUGUUGAUACGACGGACAGGCAGGAAUUGCUAAAGCAAGAAUGA